CACAUAAUUUUAAGAACCAUGUAAACAAACAUGAUUUCCUAUAAAACUAUACAUUAAUGAACCAUGGGAAACCACCAUCCAAACAGGGGGUUCGGAACUUGGUGGGGCUGAUUUAAGACUUUGCAAUAUAGAUAAAAUUCUGGGACUCAAUUGUUGUUGCUUCAAAUUCGCAUUUGUGUAUUUUCGGACGAAAUCAACACCACCAUACACUAAUUUCCAGCACAGGAGGUGGAUUUGGCAAAUAAAGACAGAAAAAUCGACCCUUCAUUUUUUGUAAUCUUUUGAAGCAGGAUCAGAACACAUACUUGAGCAUAACUCUUUAACGCUUCUGAUGUGAAUAUCGAAGGUUCCUUGUUGGAAUUUAUAAGUAUUUGGUAAGAAAGGAACUUUGUGAGUGAAGAGCUAUGGCUUCAUAUAAAUGUGCCAAGAAGUCUCAUAAAACCGCUACAGUUGAACAAGAAGUGUGUCGUAUUGCAAAAGAAAUUGAAGGCAAUGAUGAUCUUGUAACCAAGAUUCUACUCUUCCUUCCAGCAAGACCUCUGUUUAGGUUCAAACUUGUUUCCAAACGUUGGACGUCCCUCAUUUCUAAUCCCUAUUUUUCUUCCCUUUGGAGCCCUGAACCCUCCCCAAGUGCACUGAUUCUACAGGUGUUGUCUCGUCCCAAAGACCCUUGUUGUAUUUCCCUCAAAGAUGAAGCAAUAACUGUGAUCCAUCGUGGAGUCAUUGAUUUUGUCAAAGACGAUCCCAGUGACUGUGUCGAAAUUUUGAAUUCCUGUGGUGGUUUAAUUGUUUGUCACCGUCUGAAACAAAUAGUAGGUAGAGCGAAAUGGAUCAACGAGUACAUUGUCUGUAACCCAACUACAAAGCAAUUUACUACUCUUCCAAAACCAAUUAUGACUUCAUUUGACAUGAGUUUGGCCUUUGAUCAUUCAAUAUCUCUUCAUUACAAAGUUAUUAAUGUUAGCCUUUUCCAUAUUGAGAUAUACUCUUCAGAGACAAACUUGUGGAAGCAAUGUCGAGCUCAGUUUCCAAAACCAUUUCAAAGCCCACACAUUUAUGGUAAGGGAGUUUUCUUCAAUGGAGCAAUCUUUUGGACAUUAAUGUCGUUACGUAGUUUUUAUUAUUUUGAUAUUGAUGAUACCGAAGUUCUUCACUCUCAUCCAAUGCCAAAAAUGGAUAUAGAAUACUACUUUGGAUGUGUAGAUGAGCAUUUAUAUCUUGUUGGCUCCUCAGUAAGUGAGUGGCCUCAACUUGACAUCUUUGAAUUGGGACAUGACUACUCAUCUUGGAGCCUAAAGUAUCGCAUUGAUCUUCAUGGAGUUGCAGGUGUUAAACAAAUGGUUUAUAGUACUAGAGAUUUUUUUUCUCUUAAAUUUUCUGUCUUUUCUGUUGUGACAAGAAAAGAAGGGAAUAAUCAGGAACCGUAUUUGGUCUUCUACAUACCAGGCCAACUUAUAUUGGUUAGCUUUAAAAAUAAUCAUUGCAGCAAGCUACGCAAGUUGCCAGUAUAUGCUUCUGCUGAGAUGCUGCGAUCAUUCAAUGGUAUAAAGAGAGAUUAUCAUCUCAUUGAGAACCCAUUCUGGAUAGGAAAUAAACUGAGUAGCAUAGGCCUAUAGUUAUAUAGGAAAUGUGUGACAAUUUUUGUUGCUCGAUCUUGUGUGAAAUCAUUCAGAAUUUAGCACUUCAGGGUGUACAAUCUUUGUUUUGAGCCUUCUUUCAUCUUUUUUUCUUCUUUCUACUGAAGGCUGCAAUAGUAACUUUGAGUCAAAUAAAUUGCAUAAGAUGCUGGUCACCUUUUUAUUUCUUGAAGGUCACGAUAGAAGGUUGAAACUCAAGGCUUGAGGGGAAUGAAAUCCAUCUUUGCUUUCAAA